AUGGUUCCAUCGUUAUUAUACGCGGUAGCGUCGAUCUUGAUAUCGCUGCCUUGGAACAGCCAAAGUGUUUUACUGUACCCGGAGAAAACUCUGUUUCAGCUCACGAUGGGUGUCUCGGUUCCGGUUUCCAUGAACAAAAGGGGCGGUGUGGUGUUCUCCUCUGCAUUCCAAUUCAAUUAUAAACUUCCAUCGAACUUGUCGGAACUCGAGCCUACAAUAAUACCGGCCAGAGAGGCGAGGGACUUGAGUCUCCAGGACACUUACGAGACGAUCGAGAAUACAUUGAACCGGCAUGGCUGGCGGGACGGCAAGAAGUGUCUUUUAAGGACCAUUUGCGAGCUCGCGGGGACACCAUUUGGCAGGACACGAGGCCAGGACGUCCUCGAGGAGGUGAUCCACUUAAUUUUAACGCCGACCGAGGAUUUGCCAGAGACAGCCAAUUCCACUCGUCGGAGCGUCGACGAAAUGUAUCUGGAAGCGGAACGAUUGGGAAGAUCUGGCGGCGACUGCGUCUUGGCCUACCCCGAUUGCAUCGAUUCACCUUUGGAAUCUUUCACGGAGAUCGCGUUCCCCUAG